AUGGCCUGGAGCUUGGUAGAUAAUUACGAAUGGACGGAAGGAUAUACAGGUCGUUUUGGUUUGUACCGAGUAUACUUCGAGAGUGAGCAACGAACACGCAUGCCGAGAAAGUCAGCGUUUAUUUACAAACAGAUCGUGAAGACACACGAGAUCGACCCGGAUAUUUCAUGUAUACAUGGGUAUUCAGACACGAAAAUACGAAGGUUUAAAGAUGAUUUUCUAUUCGGGGCAGCGACCGCCGCGUAUCAGGUGGAGGGCGCCUGGGAUGCUGAUGGGAAAACCGAGAGCAUAUGGGACAGAUUUCUACACAACCACCCAGAGAUAAUCCCAGAUGGUAGGAAUGGUGACGUCGCCGCUGACUCCUACCACAACUACCGUCGUGACGUGGAGAUGCUCAGGGAACUCGGCGUUGAUCAUUACAGGUUCUCUAUAUCAUGGAACAGGAUACUGCCUACAGGAUUUACAAACCAAAUUAACGAAAAAGGCUUAGAAUAUUAUGACAAUUUAAUCGACGAACUUUUAAAAUACGACAUACAGCCAAUGGUAACUUUGUACCAUUUUGAUUUGCCGCAAUCACUCCAAGACUUCGGAGGUUGGGCCAACCCACUAACUAUUCAAUAUUUCGAAGAAUACGCCAAGGUCGUGUUUGAAAGAUUUGGCUCCAAAGUCAAAUAUUGGAUAACGAUCAACCAGCCCAAUUCCAUAUGUUUUGACGGGUAUGGUGGUAAGGAAUUUGCUCCAGGCGUUGGUUCUAGCGGUAUUGGCGAUUAUUUGUGCAUUAAAAAUGUCAUGUUGGCUCAUGCGAAAGCAUAUCGUUUAUAUGAAGCGGAUUACAAGCAAAAAUAUAAAGGUUCCGUCGGAAUUUCGUUGGCACUAAACUGGGCUGAUCACGUGAAUAAUAAUACUGAAAAUGUUGAGGCUACUGAUUUAUACAGAGAGUUUACGAUUGGCAUGUACAUGAAUCCGAUAUGGUCUAAAGAAGGCGAUUUCCCUCCCAGUGUUAGAAAGCGAAUUUCAGAAAGAAGCUUAGAACAAGGUUUCACCACGUCUAGGCUGCCUGCACUUAGUCCUGAGGAGAUAACACUUUUAAAAGGUUCAGCAGAUUUCGUGGGAGUAAAUCAUUACACAACAGUUUUGAUAAGUAAAUCUGAGAAGCAGCAUCCUAGUUCAUCCAUCGAGGAUGACAUGGGGGUUGAGAUCAGCCACAGGAUGGAGUGGAAGACGUCUCAGUCGUCUUGGCUAAGGAGCGUACCCUACGGCAUCUACAAAAUGAGUCUUCAUAUCAACAAAAUGUACGACUACCCCCCGGUCUUCAUCACAGAACAUGGCUGGUCUACGAAGAAGGUACUCAAGGAUUCGUCUCGUGUUAAGAACAUGAGGGAAUAUUUUCAUGCCCUGCUGUUGGCUAUCGAAGAUGGGACUGAUGUGAAGGGCUACACGGCUUGGAGCUUGAUGGAUAAUAUUGAGUGGACUGCUGGUACCAGUGAACGUUUCGGCCUGUACCAAGUGGAUUUCGACUCGCAAGAAAAGACAAGAACAGCGAGACUGUCAGCGCUGGUCUACAAGAGAAUAAUAGAGCAGAGAAUAGUGGAGCACGAUUGGAAACCAACAAAUUAUAAUAUUUCCAUAACUAGGAAAAAGAGGAAUGUAAGCGUAGUUUUAUGAUAGGUUUUUCGUUAAUAAUAUUACCUAUAUAUUUUAUUGUAAUAUAAUAUAAAUAAAAAAAAAAACCUUAAGCAA